AUGGGCGUAGUAUGUUGCACUACAGUGGUCCAAUGUUGUGCUGGAUCUGAUGUGUUGAGAUGGAGAUCAUUCUAUGCAACUGAAGGCAACCUUUGGAAGGCACAUUACCAGGAGGUAUUUGAUCAUGGCAUUCGUGAGGCUUUCUGCUGUCUGGGACGUGUUAAAUACUUAACUGCCUUGGAGGAAGAUGGAAUAUAUUCAGUUGCACAGUUACUUGGCGAUCUUGUAACAUAUCGUGCAACAGGCACCGGACAUCUGGAACUUUUGGCAGGAUUAGCUUUAUUGCAAAAAUGUAGACCAUUCACUCAAUCACAUGAAGAGUCGCUUGAGAUACCCCCUGAAAGAGUUCAUGAGGCUGCUGUUUUUCAUCAAUUUGCUGAAGCUGCCUAUACGGGUCUUUUACUUGAUGUUGGAAGAAACCCAUUGAUGUUUCCUUGUGCAUGGCUCUAUAGGCAAGGAAUUUUCAGUCUUUGGAGCCGUAACAGGAGGCCUGCAGUUGAAGGGGAUAAUUGGUGGCGAGGUCAUGCAGCAGCCUUUUUGAAGCAUGUCAAGUUGACACCAGAUGCGCUUAGAAAAGGACGUAUUAAUCAAGGCAAGUGUAAAGCAUCAUAUUUUAUGAUGGUUUUACACCAUCUAAAAUCUGUUGUGAUUGCUGUUAGAGGAACUGAGACUCCAGAAGACCUGAUUACUGAUGGUUUGUGUAGGGAAUGCUGCCUAAGCAAAGAGGAUUUGGAUGGCUUAAUUAAUGAUGGUGCAACUACGACAAUGGUUUCUUCAUUAUCAUAUUAUGGUCACUCUGGUGUAAUUGAAGCUGCUCAGGAUCUUUACAUGCAAAUAGAAGGAAAUUCUACUCAAGGUUCAGAAACUUGUGGUUAUCUUUCUUCAUUGUUGGGAGAAGGUUGUGAAUGUGAAGGUUAUAAUCUUCGAAUAGUGGGGCAUUCUCUUGGAGGAGCCAUUGCUGCAGUGUUAGGCUUUCGGUUAUAUCGCCGAUACCCAAAGUUACACGUUUAUGCUUAUGGACCUCUUCCAUGUCUAGAUUUAAAUGCAGCUGAUGCAUGUUCCAACUUUGUCACAAGUGUCAUCCUUAACAAUGAAUUCUCAGCACGCCUUUCGGUUGCAUCAAUCAUGAGGCUUCGUGCAGCUGCAAUUGAUGCACUAUCACAAGAUAGCAUAGCCAGAUCAGCAAUUGUUUCACUGGCACACCGUUAUUUUUCUCUCAAUGGUUUCAACGUAAAGGACAACAAAAUGCUUAAAGAGGUUUCUGAUUUCAGUUCGCUGUCAAAGGUUGAAGCAAGGACAACACAAACAUUGAGACAAACCCAUCAAUAUGGUAAUGCAGAUUGA